AUGAUAAUAAUAAUUAUUGUUUUGCUUAUACUUUUAUAUCAUAUAUGGAACAAGAACAAAAAUUAUAUAAUAAACUUUUAUUAUAUUAAUGCUUUUAUUUGCUUUAAUAAAUCAAAAAAACUUAAAGAUGUGAAGAAGGAAAUGUGGGAACAUCAAAAAUAUUACAGUGAUAACUAG